AUGGAACCGACUAUAAAACUAAACCGAGCCUGGUCAAAUGACUAUAAAACUAUAUUCAAGUGUGAAGGAAGAAACGAUUGACGUUGUGUAAAAGAAAAGACGAGAACUAAUUAUAAUUCUUGUAUGUAUGAAUUGUAGUAUUAUUUUUCUUGUUAAGGAAUCUAUGUAACUACGUGACUCUAAAACGAGAAAAGUGAGUUAAGAAUAAGAAAGAAAAUAUACUACAUCGUAAUGAUAUAAACGUACAAGCUCAUCGUCCACAACUAUCCUCAUUGAAAGAAUCGAAGUACGUAGCUAUUGAUUCGUUACUGAGUUUAUAUAAUAACGAAAGAUCGAUAAUACUAUUUUUUUGUAGACGUUAUAUUUGUACUACAUUCUUGUACCACCAUUUAAUAUAUUUUAAUUUAGUUUCGUAAGGUUCGCGAUAGCGAAUUAGGUACUAACGAGAUAAUACAGUUUCUUUAAAUUGUAAUAUUUUUUAUGAAGUCUGUUUUUUGACGUAAAUUCACAUCUCAUCUUCAUAUAGUUAUGUAUAAUACAGAGAUUCAAUAAAUAAAUAUAUAUAUAUAUACUUUUUCCAGAAAUUCGAGCAUUUAAUUAUUAUUUUAUCUAGUAUGAACAUUUUUACUUUUCAUGUAAGAACGAUCGUCUUUUACUUGGAAAGAAAGAGUUUCCAAAUAUGUCUGUAAUGUCUAAAAAACCUUCAGAAACUGUGUUUGAAGCCUCUUUUACAAGUGACUCAACGUUAUGGCCGGAAUGGUCCGAUGCAGCAUUAAAUAAAGAAAAUUGGGCGUAUCCCAAAAAUGGACCAGAUGGUUCGUUUCUCGACACGCAGCUCGUUCAAUUACCACCGUCUUUAGUAUCUUAUGAAUGGAUCAGAGCAAAGAAUUUAGACAAUCGAAACAUCGUGAAACAAUUGAUCGGAGUAUACACGCCGAUCAUGAAAAGGCCUCUGUUCGCAAUUGAACGCCGUUCAAUUAAGGAACGACUUCCAGUUCGCGCGGUGGUUUAUUUCCGCGCUAAUAAAUCUCCAAUACUGCGGUCGGGAUGGAUUGGAAAUAAGUGGCGAGAGCGGCAAUUUUAUUUGGAAUGGGCGGCACCAAUCUUGGCGGGGCUGGAUGAAUGUGUAUUCGAUGAACAAUGCUGGCAAGGGGGCAAAUACAUGGUGAGAUUAUAUUUUUUGGGAGCUUGGCGCCGGAUUCUCGUCGACGACAUGAUACCAGUUAACGAGGAAAAGACACCACUUUUACCUAGAACUGGUAACGAUUUCGAAUUGUGGCCCAUGCUUCUUGCAAAGGCCUUAUUGAAAUUGUGCUCCUUGACAUGGACGGACUACUAUGAAAUCGUGGAUUUCCAUCCUGUUGCUUGCUUAACUGGAUGGGUUUGUUUGCGAUUGGAGGUGGGAUAUCUAUCGCCGCAAGAUAAAUGGGACUUUCUGAGACAGUACGCGGAUCACUUCGAAUGGGAAGCAGAAGUCACGGAAGAGGAAAGCCAGGCAAAAGCUUCGAGAUCUAGGAGAAGUAAAGAGGGAAAAUUGUCUAAAGAAACGGUGAAAACGAAAAAAUCCAAGGACACGAAAAAAUCCACGAAAACCGAUCGAUCGACCAAAUCGAAGGAGCUCAAGGCUUUGACCAAGCCAGAACCAGUCACCCUGUUUCUCGGCUUAGAAGACAUGAAUAAAGUUUCGCCAGAUAUUGUUCCGGAAAUAGCACCUUGUUGGGAUCAUUUUAUUUACAUAGUUCAGUCACGUGACAUUCCCUUGGAUCUGAGAGACGUGAAGCCUCCGUUGGCAAGAUGGAAGCUCCAUCGUUGGUUAAAAUGGGCCAUCAACGAGGGAACAAUCGAUCCAGUCGAAUACUUCGUACCGAUCCGAUCGUUGAAAGUCGUCAGCCCUUUGAGAAAAUGCGAGCAGAGCGUAAUUAACAAGUACAGUGCGACAACUAUGGAGGAAAAUCUUCGAGACGGUGGUGGUAUCGAUGAAACAAGUCGGAAAGAUAAGUCUCGUGAAACGUCGAUGGAACAGAAGAAAACCUCGACAGAAUCGUCGGAGGAUAUUAGUUUCUGGGCAGAUUUCAAUAAAAUGGAACCGUACGUGAAAGACGUUCACUUCUUCUACAAGCUGGAUUACUUCCGAUACAGCGCGAAGUUGUCGGACCGAUUUCCACCGAGACAGCCAAACGACGAAAAAUCUGAAACUAACAAUAAGAUAGACAGCAAGAAAGGUAGCAGAAAAAACUCACCGUCCAAAGCGGCAGCCGAGAAUUCGGAGUUCAUCGACGUUUACAGCUGGCCCCAGAAAAUGUCUAGAACCAGAAACGAGCCUCUGUACGUCUUCGCCGAUUCGUUGGAAGGAAAGUUCUUUCUCAUAGAGUUCUCGACGUUCCAAGUGUCCGUCGAAGUGUUCGGAAACGACGACGAUCGCGCCGCGAUCCCAACGAUUAAACUGAAGGGAAAUAAGGAUUGCUUGAGCGUGGAAGAGCACUGCUGGUUUCGCAGACCGGAGAGGUCCAACUGUUUCGUCCGCGUUUUAACCGCCGGGACAAAAUCAACCGUGAUGGAACUAGAUCGUGGGAGGCAUCUCUUGCAAAUUUACUGUCACUCAGAAUCCGAUUGCUUCGUGUCCAUCUCAUCGGAUACGGCUUUCUACGUUGGAGACAGGCGAAGGAUGUAUCAACUGAUGUGCACGGAGUCUGAAACCAUCGAUCAGAUGAUGAGGCACAUCAGCAUCUCCGUCAGUAGAGCCUAUCAAGCGUUCGGCACAGAGAAUUACCCGGGAGCCUUGAAGAUUUAUUACAGCAGUUACUUGCCACCGAUCGAAGACCGAAAGAAGGAGUAUAAGAUGUUCUACGAUCAAAUACAUGGCUACUUUGUUGACGAACAGGUACAAUUAAUUAGGAAAAUCAUGCCCGAAGACGAGGUUCCGACUGUUCUACGAGCUCUGAGAAUAUUUCUCCUGAAUCACACUGUCGGCUUAGAAUGCUACAGCGCUAUCUCGAUGCUGCUGAAGAAUUCACGAAAACUGAACGCAAGAGGAAGUUUGACGAUGGAUGAAAAAUACGCCGUUCAGCAUAACGCUGCAGCUAUUAUUCAAGCGUUCUUCAAAAUGAUCACUAUCAGGAAAUAUUUAAGGGUACAUAACCCCCGUCACGAACAACACGAGCAAGUUUCGCGGAGCUUAGUGAAAGUUGCGGAGCUGUAUAAUUACAAUAAGGGAGAAUCUUUAGCUAAUCAAGUGCUGAGGAAUAUUUUGAAGCAUCAUGAUAAAUUGUACGACGUCUACCACUGCUCCAGGGACUUCGAGCACAUCUUGCAAGCGCAAGAAUUGAAAGGGACGUUGACAAACGUCACGGCAAAUCAGUGGCUGCCUGUUGUAAGACUCACGGUGAAUCCUCCGUGCUCGGAGACAGUCCUCGCCAAUAUAGACUUGUUCGUUAAUCUACCAAAAUACAGCGUACGCGUGUUUAAGAACGAGACUGGCGAAGAGGUGCUGCGAUUGGUGAACAACGUGGUCCCAACUCGUUACGAGCAUGAGAAAUUCGGUUACACUCUCUUCUGUUACGGUUGGAGCGAAGAUCAGACGCUGAAAGAGCUACCUUGGUCCUUAAACAUAAUCACGACGAAAGGUCAACCAGUGUUCCAUUUUCUAAUGGACGAAGUAUCCUAUCUUACGAUCAACGUGCCUCCCGUAUUGGUCACAGAAGAAUUAUCCAACAGUUACGUUCCCAAUGCGGGAAAUUAUAUCUCCAAGUGGAUCGUUCGAGUAGCGAAACCCAGCGUGGUGUCGUUUAGACUGAGAGUAUCGUACGAGAAAGUAAGGAUGAGCUUGAGAGUGACAGACGAAGAGGGUCAGGUGUUGUCGCAAACAAAAGGUACUUCCGUAGUCAUUUUACCUAUGGUGUAUCUGAAAUUCCAACGGCGAUCUACUGAGAUCAUAUUCCAAAGGACCAAGAUCGAUGAUGAAAAUUCCGGUGAAGAGAAAAUCGAUAGCAACGAAGAUAAAAGUAAGGACGAUCUGCUACGUUACACGAUUUAUCACGUGGAAGCUUUGGUGCUUGAAAACAGCUGGCCACUGACUAGGGCAGAAUGGAGUCUUGUGUCAGAGUUCAAGGUGAAAGCAACAGGCACCGUCGUUAAAACGAAAAUGUCACCUUUUUCGAACACGGGAAGACUAUCAAAGAAUGAAUCGUUCAGAUCGAGGAAAGUUUCGAGGCUGCCUGUUCAAAGUGUUCCAGCUGUCGAGUCGCCUUAUUGGGUUCUUCAAGUGGUUACCGAUUCUGGGAGUGGAUUAGAGGUACUGGACAACAUAUUCCAAGACAGGACGAAGGAGAUGGAGAUUGCGAGGAUGAAGGAAACCUGGGCGAAAGAGAAUCCUGACAGCCUGCAACGUGGAAGGGAGCUCCGUGAAGCUUUCAUAAAGAAACAUGAAAUCAAGUCCAAAUCGUCGACAGAUUCGCCCGAAAAGAAAGUCCCGAGUCAUCCCGAGAAAUCGUUGAAAAGAGACGGCCAGCGUUUGUCGGUCGUCGGGACAUCGGAGAUUUCAAUGGCUCAUUUGGAGGAGAGGACGUUGAAACCGCCUGCGUCCCUUCGUAGACUUCCUCCUCUGGAUCUGACGGUGUACGAGGUCAGAGAGGACGAGGAAGACAAACCACGGAUGAAGACGGAAUCAGACGAAGAAACGCUGAGGAACAUUCGCACGAUGAACAUCGUCUACGCUCAAGAUGAUUACGCGCACUUUCUCGAGGAACUGGAGAAUCUGUACAGACGACAGAGGUAUCAGUAUAAAACGUUGUACGGAAGAUAUUUAGAUGAAUUUUUCGACAGGAGAGCGAUAUUGGAAGACGUGUACGAAGCUCGGAGGGUUUAUAUCAAUAGCAUGAAGCCUGUAGCUGCUUCCAGUACCAAAUCUACCAAGAAGAGUGUUAAGAGCAAAAAAUCUAAGAAAACUUAG